GUGUUCUAAAGCCCCGCCGGUUCCCCUUUGUUGGAGAGGAGUCAGUGGCGCUCGUGCGAAUGGAUUACUUCACCCGUGUGGACGCUUUGCCUUGCUCGUAGGUAUAUCUGUGGCACCCUACGGAAAGAACUCCACCGAGAUACUGUGACUAACAAGAAAUAACCUGAGACAACAUGAACUUUAAGAAAGUAAUUCCCGUGGCCGCCUUAGGCGUCUCCCUCCUGAUGUUCUUGCAGUUCCAGUAUUACGAGACCGCCCGGCGCCUCCUCUCCGGGCCAGUCGUCGCGGCGAGACUGGCAACAUGGGGACUUGGCCCCGUGACCGAAGGACCGCCACGCGUCCAGCCGGGCGAGAAGUCGUCCCCGCUCAAGAAAGUGGUCGUCCUCAAACCCAGGUACUUCAGACUGGGGAACAGCACGAUGCUUUUGUCCCAGGGCUGUCCCGAGUGGCGCUGCCUCAUCACCUCGGACGAGCGCGAGGCUGAGAGCGCGGACGCCGUUGUCUUCACCAGGUCUACGGGUCUGAAUUCCGUGCCCAAGAAGCGUUAUGCCCACCAGCGUUACAUCUGGGUGAACCACGAAUCGCCAGUGAACACCCCCAGGAGAUUUAUAAAGAAAACACAUUUCUUUAACUGGACUAACACGUACCACAUGAAGUCGGAUCUCUUCUCCCCCUACGGCGCGCUCGUGCCGCUCACGGAAAAACAGCUCCCCGUGCGAGCCCCGACCAUCAGCGACAGUAGAAGCACUUUCCUCAAGUACAAGCACGACCUCGAGGCCGGAAACUCACUCGAGGACGACUCGAGCCAAGACUGGUCGGCCUUUCUCCGUCGCCCUCAACUGGCAGCGUGGUUGGUCUCGCACUGCCGCACGCACUCGCAUCGCGAGAGGUACGUGAAGAAACUGCAAACGUACAUUCCAGUGUCCGUGUUUGGGAGAUGCAGCAGGAGGAGGUGUGUCAGAUCUAAGUUGUGCUUCACUUCGGCUCUGGCUCCAACCUACUCGUUCUACCUGUCCUUUGAGAACAGUAUCUGUAACGAUUACAUAACGGAAAAGGUUUGGAAUGCGAUGCAGUAUGGCCUAGUCCCUGUCGUGUUUGGGGGAGGCAACUACUCGGCUGUUCUUCCUCCCAAUUCCUACGUUGACGCCAACAAGUUAAAACCGGCAGAUCUUGCAAAGCUUCUUAAAAGUAUUGCAGCUUCCCCUCGCGAGUAUGGCCGUUACCACCUAUGGAGAGUUUAUUGGAAAGUAUUGCAAGUUUGGCCACACUGUGAACUUUGCUACAAGUUACACAACGACCAUAAUGUUAGCGUUUACUCGAACGUGAAUAGCUGGUGGAACGCCGCUGGGAAAUGCAGAGGACCAAAGAUUAUCUAAUCCUCCUCCUCCUCCUCCUCCUCUUCUCUUCUUCAAAGACCACGGGCUCAAAAUAAA